AUGUUCAAGCAGCAAGAAAACACACAGUUCAGAAGAGGAGAGAGCUCCUAUAGCACAGGCACCUCCAGCAAGAACUGCAUGGCCAAAAUUACCUUUAAAGUCAUGCUCCCAGCCACCUGCCUGGAUCCCAAUGGAGAUACCAACCCCAGCCCAUUCUCUAGCCUGGACCUCCCCUACAUUACCCAGGGGGAAAGGGCCCUGCAGCAAGCCCUGAGCAGGAUGCGCAUCAUCUGGCAGGCAGAAACCAUGACAGUGGGGGGGCCCGUGUCCAGCGCCACUCUCCCUAGGCUGGGCAGGCUGUUUUGGACUGAAGUGGUCCUGGCUGUGCCAAUGGCUCAGCUGUACCAGGAGCUGUUUGAGAGGAUGGAGCAAAUGCCCCAGUGGAACCCAGCCCUCAGCCAGGUGAAGGAAGAUGUAGGGGACUAG